AUGGUCAACAAAGUUGAAACAAACUUCAAAAUUUAAGUAGAUGACUGGGUACCAGAUAUUCCAGAAGCUAAUGCAAGGAUUAGUGAGUAACCAUUAAUUUAGUAGGAGUUACUCUAAUCUUUGAAGUUUUCUCUAACACCAUAGCUUAUUUCAAGGAAACUUGAUAGAAGAGAAUUCAGAAGUCAAGGCAUUAACAUAAAUGCAGAGGGAAACUAAUAUCUAGGAAUUCACAAUUAAGCAUCUGGAUCUGAUAAAAAUAAAUUAGAUAUGUCAUUGAGGUCUUCAUCCCUUAAGAAGUAAUUUGAUUACAAGGGAAUUAUGGAAAACACCAUUUAAUAAGCCAAUUACCUGUUUUAAUAAGAAGGAGUUGGCAAUCGAAGAAGUACACUUUCUAAACAUGGAGGAUCUCCCACUAGAAAUAGAAUUAGCGGUACUCCUGAUAUUUAGAUAUAAAAAUCUCCCAAUUUACUUUCUAAAAAUAUUGGAAAUUUGGAGAGUGUAUCAUCUCUCGUCAGAUUUAGUCCUAAUUUAGCUGCAAGUAGAAUUUUGGAUGAUAGAAGGAAAAGCAGAUUAGUUAUGAUGCCAAACAUAAAGAGCUUAUAUCAUAGAAAGCAAGAAGGCCAGAGUCACGAUGAGUUUAUCAGAAGAUUUUAAGAUAUUAAUUCUCAAAUCAAAGAGUAGACAUAAAUGCUGCAGCAUUAGUUUAAGUCGAAGUAGUCUACUGAGAGAAACAUAAUAAAUGAAGAGACUCCAAACGAUAAAUCAGGGAGAAAUCAAUCAUGGAAAUACCAAGAAAUGAUCUUUCCUCAAUAGGAAAUAACUGAAGAGAUCACAUCGCCGUUAGUAGAAAAAGUUUAGACUUAGAUCAGAAUUCUUGAAGAAAUUAAGUAGGAAGGCGAUAAGGAUACCAAAAUAUUUUUCAAUGAGCCCAUUGUGAUUAGCCCGAGUGCAGGCUAAAGGCAAGUCCAAAAGAAUGACUCUAAAAUAGAAAGAUUCAGGCCUAGUGCAAUUAACAUGAAUAAAUUGAAAGAAGAAGUUAAGGAGGAAGAGGAAGAUUUGACUUUGCAAAUAAAACCAAGUGGAACUUUAAAGGUCAAUGAAAAUAAGAAAGAUUUAUUGGCAGUUGGUCAUGCAAAUGAUUUUUUAGCGUUGCCAGGAAGAAAGACAAAUAAUAUGCAGAUCCACUCACCUAUUAAACUAGGGCGAUCUCUCUUAAAAAUAGAACAUAUUAAGCCUCCAGAAGAUAUAAAUGCUCAAAGAUAGUCUAGCAAUGAACUUAUUUAAAAAUACAUGGAGUAGCAACUAUCUAAAAGAGAAACAAUUAAUUAGCAGAACACUAAAACAAAAGCUGAAGAAGAAAAAAAAUUAUAAGAAAGUACAUUUUCAAAGCAAAAGAAGGCUUAGAAUUAGAAUGAUUCUGUAAGAUCUAUCAAAAUUGAGAAAGCAAUAGAGGAAGAGAAAAAAAUAGCCUCAAUUGUUAAGGACAAUAAGAGACACGAUGAGAUAGAUGACCUUACCAAGUCAAGGCAUAAGAGUUUGAAAAAGAACGAAUCAGAUGAAGUUCUUAACAGAAAUAUCAAUGACAACAGAAAAGUGCUUUCAAAUCAAUAGAAGAAGUUUGAAACCAGUAAAAAUCUAUCAAUAUAUAAAUCAGAUUUGUAAUCUCAAGCUAAUAUCAAUAAUCUCAUUGACAAGGCUAAAAAGUUAUCGAUUAAUAAAGGAUUUUUAAGAUCACCUUACUAGUCAGAAAGAAAUGCCUAGAAUGCCAGAUUGACUCAGAAGCAUUUUCAAUCACCUAUUAAAACCUCAUAAUAUGAUGUCAAUAUUGAUGAAGAUAAACCCAAAGAAGAGUCUUUCAGAGGUUAUUUUACAAUAAAUAGGCGCAACAAAAAGGGUUCAGCAAUCUAUGCAAAUAAACAAAUUUUUGAUGAGUUGCUUUUACAAUUCUUGGUUUACAUCUCUCUUGAAAAAGUGAUUUCAUUUUCAAUUCCAAAUGCGUUCUUGACGGAUGCUGGGGCAACAAUUCUCUUCUAAUAUCUGGAGGACUAGCACUCAUUAAACUCGAUAAAAGUGUAUAAUAAUAUUAUGGCUUAUAUGAAUGAGAAAAAGCAUGAUAAAGAACCAUUACCUUUCCUACUAUCAGGCACUCUUCAUCUAGCGAAGACUCUGCUAAAUAAGGUUCACUUGUAAACAUUAGAGAUUCAUGGUUUCUUUCUGAGUUCAGAGCAUCUUGAGGAUAUGUUUCAAAAUUUGCAAACCUGCCAUUAGCUGAGGAAACUCUCAUUUUCUAAUACUAACAUAUAAGACUUUGGAGUGUAAUUUAUAGCCUAGCUAAUAAAGAAUCCAAAGAUAAAGUUGGAGCAUUUAACCUUAUAUAACAACAAUUUAUGUGACGAUGGGGCAAUGAUGCUAGCAGAUGCAUUCUAAGAUCAUGAGUACAUCAAGGUCAUUAAUUUGCAGAUGAACUUUAUUAGAGAUCUGGGUGCAAGCUAUUUCGUGGACGGAAUUAGAGAGAAUUCUUAUAAGAACAUUUAGAAGAUUAUUUUGAUGGAAAAUCAAUGCAGUGAAAGGAUUAAAAGAUUUGUGAAAAACAAUGCACCUCUGGUAAUGGUGUAAACGCCUUCUCUUAAUUUAACUUUAUAAUCAUAUUUUUUCAAACUCUCUUAAUCGAUAAAAUUGAAAUUAUACAUUAAAUUAAGUAUUAUUAAAAUCAUCAUCUUUGUGAACCUGCAGAGGGUGCAUUGUAACUGA